CUUGCGUCUGUGUGUGUCCAUUUGUAUCUCUGCGUGCCUGCCACUGUGCAUUUGUGUGACUUAAGACAACAGGGAUUAAACAGUAUAGGCGCCGAAACACUGGCAUUUUUGGACUCGGUAAUGGUCACCCAGCUCUACCCACAAUGCCUGUGUUUUACUCACCUGUUCCCGAGAACCUGCACAUGGGUCUGGCCUAUAUGGGAGGCUCUGUGUUCACCAACAACAGGACGGCAGACAGCGACUUCACCAGGGACCAGGAUGACGCAUUUGUGGUCAACGAGCUAGUGUCUCACCUCCCCCUGCAGAUGCUGCUGUACUUCAACAUGUUUUACUUUCCUUGCUGGUGGUUCUCAGCUGUGUUCAUGCUGGAAGUAAAGUUCUAUCAUCUGCCGGGGUACUACCAGGCUCUCCUCAUAACCGGGAUGAUCCUCCUCACGGUCAUUGAAGGGGUCCGACUUUAUCUGGGCUACAUUGGCAACCUUAAAGAAAAGGUGCCAGAGUUGGCAGCCUUCUGGCUCCUGUCUUUCAUGUUCCAGCUGCCGGUGCUGCUGUUUUUCCUGACUGAUGAAGGAAUUAUCAUCCUUCCUCUGGAGAGAGCCGUCCACUCCCUGUACCUCUUCUUCCUCCUCGGCCAGAUCCUGGCCUCCUUUCUGGCGCUCAGGACCAUGACCCGAAAGCUCACCCUCCUAUUCCAUCUGCGCCAGUUUGGCAAGGUGGAGAGCAUCCGCCAUGCAGGGAUGAGCCCUGUGUAUGGGCUGACUUACCAUCGAAGUGUGCUGCCCGUGUCACCCACCCAGGACAUGUACCGUUAAAAAUGCCUCUCAACAACUGGCAGACAAUGUAAAUUUUAAUCAACUGCUCCAUUGCCCAACGUAUGCCUGCGUCAUUGGCCCAAGUCUGGCCCAUAUACUUCUACAUCUGGGCAGAGUCCGGCUGUUAUCCUUCGGUACUGACCGACAGCUGGAAGAUUUCUGUCCAGAUGUGGAAGUAGCAUCUGACAAUAUGGGCCAGAUUUGGGGCGAUGGAACCGGGCGGACACUGGGACAGAAGAAAACAAGCCCAACUAUGGACCGGAUUUAUUGCUGGGAAGUGUGUGCCAAAUCUUCCUGUAUGACUUCUCAUCGCUGGCAUAAAGUGACAG